AUCUCGUUAGGCCGAAGUAUUCAAACAAGCAGGAGUACUAUCAACCACCAGUGCGCAGUACGCAUACACAACCAUGGCAGCCACCAGCUUCGCGUCUCAUUCUGUUCUAGGAAGAGCCCUAUUCCGGGCACUUGCAUCCCCUCUUCCCGUUGGAAUCAGCAAGAAAUUCUCUCACUACAGAACCCUUCUCUCUCUUCCUCUCACUACUUCUCUCGGCAAUUCAGCUGCAGGUAUAUGUCAGUUGGCAGUGUCACAAGCUAUUAACGGCAAUGUAAAUGGUUUACUCAGAGGAGUGGGAGACAAGAAUACCAAUGAAGCUGUGAAGCAUAUUGUAGAAUUGGCAAAACGAGCAUCGUCUAGGGGAGAAGUUCUUCAUACAGAUUUUCUCACACCACUCAUCCUAAAGGAAUCUAUGUUAGUACUGGAAAAGUUCACUGACAUCAAAACAGUGGCUCAGGGUGGAUAUCCAGAGGCCGAGCGUUGUCGGCUUUCAGUUGGACAUCCACAAGAAUUGACAAGUGAUCCAGAUAUAGUUGUGGCGUUAAGUAUCACAGGCAACUUUGGGUUUCAACCUUGUUCUCAUGGUGACUUCCUUGGCUCAAUUCUUGGGACAGGGAUUGCUAGGGAGAAGCUGGGGGAUAUUUUGGUGCAGGGAGAAGGAGCUCAGAUUCUUAUUGUUCCAGAACUAGCUGACUUUAUCACAUCAACCUUGGACAAGGUUGGCAACGUUCCGGUCACUUGUGAAAAGAUUCCAUUGCUUGCCCUUGAAUAUAAGCCACCAAGAACUCAGACUUUCAAAACCGUGGAACCAUCAUUGAGGGUCGAUGCAAUUGCUAGUGCUGGAUUCAAAAUCUCACGAACAAAGCUAGUCGAUUUAAUCAGAAGUGGGGAUGUGCGUGUUAACUGGACAACCGUGACAAAAGGUACCACCACAAUGAAGACUGGGGACAUUGUCUCAGUUAGUGGAAAAGGAAGACUGAAGAUUGGAGAAAUAAACCCAACAAAGAAGGGAAAGUUUGCAGUAGAGCUUAUCCGAUAUUUAUGAAGGACUCAGCAAGGGCGACACAGAAAGAUUGUAUUCGUUUGUCUCAACUGUUGGUCUUUCGAUGUAUUAUGUGUCAUUUUCCUAGAAAUUGCUUUUGUUGUUCAUAGCAAGCCUAAUCCAUCACAUAUUGGCUAAAGCAGAGUCUAGAUUUUGUCGAGCCUAAUCCUAGAGGUUGGCUAAAGCAUAGUCAAGUUCUACCACUAAGGAGAAAAUAGAAAAUGUCACAUUCUUAGUGCAAAUCACGGUGUAUUACUCUC